AUGCCUCCAAGAACCUUUGAUGAGAGGCUCAGGUACCAUGCUCAACGCUUUCGGGGAAAGCCAGCGCAACAUGUGUUGAACCGCUACGAGCAGUUCCUUCAUGAGGCGCUGAAUUCGGAUGAACUGCAGAAGAAUGCAUUUCAUGUUGCCGCGUGGGUUGCAGAGCUUCCAGCUGAGCAAAUGGCAGCGCAGUACGAUGGGUUGUCUGCAGUGUUUCUAUUGCAGCGCUACCUGUGGGCGUUAAAGGAUGUGAAGCCCAGUUGUGAUCACUUGGUGAAAGUGCUCACAAAGGUUUGGGAGCGCAUCGAAGCCAAUUCGGACCUUCAACUGCAAUGGUCAGGCCUUUUCACGGAGCUCGGGCAUUUUGUUCCAGAAGCCAAGGCUGCAAAAGCAGCCAAGCUGAUGAACAAAGCGAUACUUCUUUGGAGAAACACCACCUGUGAGACAAAGAAAGAAGAAUACGUUGCUUCUCUGGAGCAAUCACUUGGCGAAGCUGGACAUGAUGACCUUGGCCAGAUCCGCUCUAUAUUCCGGCGGGCAGUAGCUGCACUGUCGCCACCCCACUGUUCAAAUCAGUCUGGUGGAAGCGCAGCAGGUUCUUUGGCACAGCCACAAGGUUCAAAGCGAGAUUUCCAAAUUCGGCUCCGGAAAGUUGUUCUUAGAUGUUUGAACUAUUUGCAUUUAGAUGAUUCCAAGGUUCAGCCAGCUUUGCAAUUGCUCAAAUCGCUCAUUUGUCAACUCCAGGAACUUGACUCGGAUGGAAGCCACAAGAUCGGUUGCGAGAAGCAGUGGCGAUUGCUGCAGGAAAAGUGUGGAAUGUCCUCCAAUGCUGAUCUGGAAAUGGACAUUGCUCCUGCUAGAGAGAAGCGCGUUCUUUGUCCACACAGAAAGAGGCGAGACAUGUGCCGAAUUUGCCGUCCAUGCCCACAUGGCAAGUUGAAGGCAAAGUGUGAAAAGUGCAAACCAUGCCCACAUGGCAAGUUGAAGACAGAUUGUGUGAAGUGCAAACCAUGCCCACAUGGCAGGAGGAAGAGAAGUUGUGCGCAGUGCAAUCCAUGCCCACAUGGCAAGUUGAAGACAAAUUGUGCGCAGUGCAAUCCAUGUCCACAUGGGAAAAUCAAGAAACAUUGUCUUUUGUGUGUUGGUUGUGUUCAUGGCCGCAUCAAAUAUGAAUGCAACAUAUGCCGACGGGGCAAAGGGUAA